AUGGACAGCGAACAAUUCCACCAGCAAAUCGAUGAUUCACUCAGGAACAACACAGAAGAAGGAAAAGGGAAAGAAGUUGAAAGUCGUGAAGAGACAACUAACGUAGGAGAAGGUGUAGAAGAGGGAGGUACAGGAGUUAGAGAAGAUGAACAACCGGCCGACAUUCAAUUGCAAGGAUUGAGCGGCCAAGAGAACGCACCUCCGGAACCAGAAGAUCCCCCUGUGACGACAAGACAGUCCAAGAGGAAGAAAGCUCCACCAAAACCCUUCCCACCACCAACUGUCAGUAAGGCCAAGGUGAUCGGUCCGAUACGAAUCAAGAGGUUGAAACAAGCCAGCAAAGACGAAGUAGAAGGGGCACCUAGUAGUCAGAAAGCCAAGAAGAACUCAACCCCCCAACAACAACAGACAACUGAUCCGACAAUUGACAAACCCAUUGUCAGACAAACUCGGCAACCCGCGAAGAAAAUUGUCCAAGAGGCCGACAUCAUUGACGAAGCCCAAACGGAAGACGAAGAAACCGGAAGUGAAGACGAAGCAAGAACUGGUCGGCAAGAAGGUCAGCUAUGGCAAGACACGAACCCAGAUGAUGGCCGUCCUCAAAUGAGAACGGUGGGGGGUAUUGCACUUGGUGACAUCAAAGAUGAACCUGUCAGAAACGCCCAAACUGAAGUCGAACACCGAACCACAGACAGCGUCGCAGAACGUCUAGAUGAAGAGAUCGACAGAGCCUUCAUGAAUCACGACCGCACAGCCUACGGCCGUUCGACAGAACAGAAAAGAGCUUGUCGGGGAAGAAGGAACCGAAAUGGCGGACAUUGGUGUGAGAAACCCAAGAAUCCAACGGCUAGCAGAACGCGACACGAUCAGAUACAACGACAACAUGUUCCUGGAUAA